AUAUAAAUUCACCGACGAUAAAAAAAAGUUUUUUUCUUUAUUAUUUUAGUAAAAUUUUUUCUCUCCUUCCUCAAACUUCCUCACAAUUAAGGCACACAUAAAAAUAUGAAAUUUGGAAUUGUGAUAGCUAUUUUGACAGUCAUAUCAUUAGAAUUUAAGGAUGGAUACUGCUUGGAUCGUGAAAUGACAAUUAUUGUGAAUGCAAAAGAGAAGGAAUGCUUUUAUGAGAGCGUUCCUGCCAAUCAUAUCAUUGAUAUGGAGUACCAGGUAAUCGACGGAGGUCAAGGAGAUCUAGACAUAAAUUUUGACGUCACUUCAAACGGCAGAGUCCUCCAUGCUGACUUUAAAAAAUCAGACAACAUUUACCGAAUGGACAAGCCACAUUCAGGUGGUGAAUAUCAGUUCUGUUUUGACAACACAAUCAGUCAUUUCAACUCGAAAACUGUCUUUUUUGAGCUUAUUAUUGAGGAUCCAAAUGCCCAAAAUGAUGAUAAUGACGUCAUUUCUGAAAUGGAAGGUCUUUCACCUGAGGAAUUUUAUGAGAUGAAAGUUCAGGAUAUUCAGGACAUCGUUCAUACAGUAAAGUCUAAAAUCACACGAGCACGACAACUUCAAGACUUGUUGAGAAGUUUUGAGGCUCGAGAUCGAAAUAUUGCGGAAUUAAAUAACGAACGAGUCAGUCUUUUUAGUAUAAUAAUAAUAGUGACAAUGUUGUGUGUUGGCUUCCUUCAAGUCUUCAUGAUCAGGAGCUUAUUUGAGACAGAUCCAAAAGGACGACGAGUGUGGGCGAAAAUCACAAAAAUUGUUCAGAAUUUUAAGUAGCUUUCGUGUGAAAAUAGGAUUUUAUGAGGAAUUUUUGCAAGUAAAAAAUAAUUAAAAUUUUAAGUUUUAAGUUUCUGAUUUGUGUCUCGAGUCUUGCCUGAAAGCUAAGAAAAUAUACCAAAAUAUUUAAGGAUGUCCAUAUCAUCAAUAGCCACUCAGUUGGUCUUGAUUAACUGGGGUUUCUGGACUAUAAUAUAGCAUUAAUUC